AUGGCUGUAGUUGAAGCUGAGACAAAGGAUUCUUGGGCAUGGUUUUUUGACCUGCUAGUUAGAGACUUGGGAGGACCAGAAAUCUGUAAGAAAUUUACUUUCAUUUCAGAUCAGCAGAAGGGACUAUUACCUGCAAUAGAGGAGUUAUUGUCUGGAGUUGACCAGAGAUUCUGUGUUAGACAUCUAUAUAGCAACUUUAGAAAAAGGUUUCCAGGCAAGCAAUUGAAGGAAUUAAUGUGGAAGGCAGCAAAGGCAACCUAUCCCCAAGCAUGGGAAAGGGAAAUGAGGGAGAUGAGAAAGGUUAAUGGGGAAGAAUACAAGCAUUUGUUGAAGAUUCCUCCUAGAUUUUGGAGUAAAUCACAAUUCAAAUAUACAACAAAAAGUGAUGUGUUGGUUAACAAUAUGUCUGAAACUUUUAAUAGUGUUAUUAUUAGACCAAGACAAAAACCAAUUGUAAUAAUGAUGGAGGAAAUCAGAGGGUACCUCAUGGAUAGAUGGGCAACUAAUAGAGCCAAUAUUGAAGAGUAUGGUGAGUCCGUACUACCAAGAAUUAAGAAAGUGCUAGAAAGAAGGCAAGAAUUCUCAAGGUUUUUUAUAGCAAGGUUAUCAGGCAACAUGAUUUAUGAAGUGAGGCAUACUAGUGUGGCUGAGGAAAAAUUCGCAGUUAACCUCAAUAAGUUUGAGUGCUCUUGUAGGAGUUGA